AGUUUUGGCUUAUUAUUCGUUGGGGUGGUCGGGUAACAAACUCAGACAUUAGCCACCCUAAACUUAAAUGUAAGAUGGAGACAAAGCCAAAGGUCGACCCUUUUGGUUGUGAGCUUAGAGUAGCAGCCUCAGGAUCAAAGAAUUGGCUCUCUUAUAUGACCAAGAAGAAGGAUGCAGAAGUAUGAGUUGCCCAAAGGCAGAAAUUUAAGAUGAAGAGUAUUGAAUCCAACUCUGAUCAUAUUGAUAGGACGAUUAAUCUUGUUUGACUCUUUUAAGGGAGGAAAAACCAGAGAAGGGAAAUUAUAUUUCCAAUAAACUUUCCCUUGUUUAGGAAGAGUGAAACAGUGUGGGAGGAAUGGAAAUGAGAGGAAAAAUACACUGUACCAGCCAUCCCUCAAAAUUGGAGUGAAAAUGGCAUCCCACCACUAAGGCUCCACUCAAUUCUCAUCCAUUUUUUAUCCUUUCUGACCCCCUCCUUUUCAUUUGUUUUUUUUUGUGGUUCUAAUUCUCAACAUUAAAACCAUGUCUUAUUUUUUUAAUUUGUAUGUUGUACUUAAUUAUUUUGUAUGAUUAUUUUUGAACAUUUUCAUGAAAGCUUAAAAUAUGGGUUGGUUUUAUUGGCCACGACUACGGAUGUGAAAUUAUUCGGACCACACCGAAUCAAAUCAACGUUUGGACCAAAUGACAUCAAAUUGAGUAUACUUGGUCACAUGAAUUUUAUAUUUGCUGAAGAAAAUGGACUGGAUUAACAUUUGGACUAGACCAAACUGGUCUAAUUUGUUGAUUUACAUCAUAUAACGUUGUUUUACGCGAUGCAUAAAACGGUUACGAGAGAUGUAAAAGUGUGUUAAAUUCCUCGUAAAACUAUUCAUAUUAAAUUAUUUGACCAACUAUUCGUAAUUUAAAAAAAAUAAUAUCAACACAUAAUUAAACUAUUUUAUUAUUUCAUAAUCAAUAAAAUACUAUAUCUAUCACACUUCCAAAUAUACUUUUUCCUUUUCACUUUUCUCCAUAAAACAACAUUUUCCCUCCCUCCAAAAUUUCCCUUCCCCUCAUUUUCCCGUCCCUCCAAAAUUUCCUUCCCCUCGGUUAGUAUUUAGGGAAAGGGGAAAGGGGAAGGAAAGAGGAAAAAACUUCGGUUUCUCUGAAUCUUACUUUCGAAUUGGAGAAUUUUAUAUUUCCCAUAUAUCGAAUUGGUUACUUGAUAUUUUUUUUUGUUAUGUCUUUGAUCCAAUCUCUUUAUCGUGUAAAUUUGAAACUCUACUCGCUAUUACCCUUUUACUUGCACGCACGAUUCAUCCUUAAAUACAGUAACUUGCAAUUGUAUUUGAAGGUACUGGUGGGGAUCCCCAGCCUUCUCAGCCCUCUCAUGUCCAACCCCCUUCUGGGCGGUAUGCUGCUUUCCUCAGAUUCUUGCUGUCCCAAGUGCAAGCUCCUACUGAAGGUCAAAGUAAGGCUGCUUUAUCUACUUGCUUUUCUUGUCUUUUUUUCUUAUAAGGGUUGUCUUUUAGUGGCGUUUUUUACUGUGGUUUUUCAUAUUUGAUCAGGAGGAAAUUAUGAGGCAUUGGCCAUUUAAUGUCUUUAGAGAUUCAUGAUGAUCCCUGAGGUCAUUGCGUACCUGCAGGAUCUUACCUCAGGUGUAGCGUGCAUAAUGCAAGCUCAAGUGAUGCAAGUUCAAGGUUUAAAUGACGAGGCUGCGACAAUAUCAGACAAUGGUCUGCAGCACUAUCAGAGCUUGAAAGAUACAACGAAACCACUUAUCAAGAAACUGAAAGGCUUAAGUUGUGUUAUAGGAGAGGGGAACGAAGAUAUGGAUGUGCUUGAGGAGUCUAGCGCAUGUCCGAACAGAUGCAGAUAUGUGUUGAAUGCAGACCAAGCGAGAAGUUUCUCAAGCUUCAGAAGAAUUCCAGUCAUCCGUAGUGAGCUUAUGGGCAUUGGUGAAUUCACAGCGCUCAAGAUGCUGGUUUGUGUCACCAAGCAGAGAGCACCUGAUGCUGCUGGGAGAAAAGCUGGUUCGUGGUUAGUGGAAGGUGAGCCGGAAUUUAUGUGCAUCAUUAUUACUUGUUUGAAUAGAAGAUUGAGUGAAUUAGAUGAGUAGCUGCUGGAUCCGGUGGAUCUUAAACAACAAUUGGCCAUGAUACCAUAUCUGUUUGGUGAUAAAGAGGAGAAGGAAGAAUUAUGUACUCUUUUGGUGAAUUCUGGCAGCGUUUUUAUUGUUGUUGAAUUGGAUGGCUUGUACGAUGAUGUGGAAGUGGAUUUAGAAGAUUUGCUAACGUUGUGUUUCUUAAGAGAGGAAAAGCAAGGGAAGGAAAAAAUGGGAAGGGAAAUUACAUUCCCAAUAAACUUUCUCCCGUUUAGGAAGGGUGAACAAUGUGGGAGGAAUGGAAAUGAGAGGGAAAAUGCAUUGUACCAGCCAUCCCUCCAAAUUGGAGUGAAAAUGACAUUCCACAAUUAAGGCCCCGCUCAAUUCUCAUCCAUUUUCCUUUAUGACCCUAUCCUUAUUCAUUUAUUCCUUUUUUUUGGUUUUAAUUCUCAACAUUAAAACCAUGUCUUAUUUUUUUAAUUUAUAUGUUGUAGCUUAAUUAUUUUGUAUGAUUAUUUUUGAACAUUUUCAUGAAAGCUGAAAAUAUGGCUUGGUCUUAUUGGCCAUGACUACGGAUGUGAAAUUGUCCGGACCACACUGAAUCAAAUCAACGUUUGAACCAAAUGAAAUCAAAUUGAGUAUACUUGGUCACAUGAAUUUUAUAUUUGCCGAAGAAAAUGGACUGGAUUAA